AUGGAAGAAGAAAAACGUGAUCUAUCAAUCGAAAAUUCAAGCUUAAAAACCCAAGUAAUGGACUCGGUAAAAGAGAUUAAUAUAAUUAAAGACAAGCUGAAUAAUUUGGAGCAAUAUAUCAGACGCGACUGCGUUGAAAUAAGAGGAAUACCUAAUCAAGGCUCUGAAUCUGUGCGCCAGACAAACGAAAUUGUCCAAAGAAUCUGUGAGAAAAUUGGCCUACUGGUUGAUUGUGAUAUAAUAAGUCAUCGUCUGCCCGUCAUAAGAGGCCCUCUGGAUAUCAACUUCGCUCAUCAAGUCAAUCGACCUCAAUUGAGUCAGAUCCAAUUAUUGUCAAAUUCUCAAAUAGGACAGUACUUUGGACAGUACAGAAGGUCUUUGAGAGAUAUAACAACAAGGGAUCUUGGCUUCCAAGCGCAAAAUAAAAUCUUCAUAGUGGAAAGUUUAACUCCCAAAAACAAGGAAAUCUUUAAUGGUUGUCUUGGUGUCAAAAGAGAUAAACGGUUCAAGUUUUUAUGGACGAAUAUGGGGAAGAUUUAUCAACGCAGAGAUGAGAAAAAUCCAAGGACUCUUGUGUCAUGUCUAAAUGACCUUGAGGAACUGGCUAGAUGA